AUGUGUUACGGCCAAGCUUCGAUAUGCUGGGGUAGGGAGAUCGGAAAGGGUCAGGCCAAGAGGAAGGAUAAUGUCAAAAGAAACGACCAGGUCAAGGUCAAGACCAAAGGGUCAACGGUGGGGCCAUCGCAGGGGGGGUGA